AUGGUUGGAGGUGCUGAUAUUGAUGAUUGGGAGCCCGUUGGUGAUGGUAAGCCUGUUGGAAUAGGGAUGGGAAAUGAGGAUCAGGAUCAGGAAGAUGUUGUUGUUGAUUUUGGCAAGGUUUCGAAGGAUCAGGUACGUGUUAAUACGAAAGUUUUGGCUCAGACUCCAGAUGUUGAUGUGGAGGCGAGUGGUUCACCUUCUUCUUUUAUGAAUAUUUUCACGUCUUUCUCAGGCAAGAGUCCUAGUUCACCUUUGGAUAAUAUUAUCGAGGAGAAGAAUUCUUCUGGUGAGAAACGUAGUUCUCCAGUGAUUAUUUCUCAUAGGAGGCAGCCUUCAGGGAACGUCAAGAGGUCGAAUAAGAGACAUAGCAGUUCUAGCAGUAUUGGUUCACCUGUUUUGGAUUCCGACAAAGGUAAGGACAAAUCUGAACGUCAUGUAAGUGACAGCCAUGUUGUUGAAGUGAAAGCUUUGUAUUCCGAUGAUAGAUACCUCGAUACUCAGUACUACUAUGCCUCUGAGGAUCGUAAUAUCGAUUUCCAUGAAAUAUUCAAGUCGGCCCCGCAGGAGGAUAGAUUGUUGCAUGACUUCAGUUGUGCCUUAAGCAGGGAGUUCUUGUAUCAGGGAAGAAUGUAUAUUACAGAUCGGAGCAUCUGUUUUAAUUCAAAUCUAUUAGGGUGGGUCUCAAAAUUGAUUAUUCCAAUGAAGGAUAUCAUCUUCAUGGAGAAGACUUCUGCCGCAGGCCUGUUUGCUAAUGCUAUUUCGAUAGAGACUACGUUAGGAAAGACCCAGUUCAAUGGGUUUGCCUCGAGAGAUGAGGCGUUUGCAUUGAUGAAGGAAGUUUGGGCAAGAGUGCUGAUCGAAGAAGGUGAACGAAAUCCAAUCGAGAAAGUUGAAGGUACCGAGUCGGAGACUACUCCCUUAAUAGAUGAUAAGGCAGUUAAAAAUGAAGAGAAGGCAGAUUCAAAGAUCGAUGAUAGAUUCUUGUUGAACAGUGCAAUUGAUUCAGUGGAAUAUUUUUCCCAAUAUGACUCUAAAAAAACUGUGACGUCCUCUUCAGAUGAUUCAGAAUUAGAUGGUGAUUCUAUUUUCAACGAAAAACCACAAUUGACUAAAAAAACAACGGUAAACAAAUUACAGAAAGGAUUGGAUUUUAAAUAUAAUGGCCCUUACACCUGCCAAGAAACUUGGUUUCCUGUAAAUAUUCAAGAUGAUAGAGAAGAAUUAUUAGAUGAAUUCGAAAUUGAAGCUGCUCCAGGACUGGUUUACGAAUUAAUGUUCGGUGAAGCCAGCAAUAAGUUUUGGUUAGAUUUCUCAAAGGUUCAAAAAGAUACUUCAGAUUUUAGCACGAUAACUUCGUUUAAUGAGGUAAAUGAGAAGGGUAAAAAAUAUCGUAAAUAUUCCUAUACCAGAGAAUUAAAUCAUUCAAUGGGACCAAAAAGUACAAAAUGUAUAGUAACAGAUACUCUAGAACAUUUGGAGUAUGAAAAAUACAUAAACGUAGUAAGCUGCACGCAGACACCAGAUGUCCCAAGUGGAGGCAGUUUUAACACAAUGACAAGAUAUCUAUUUCGCUGGAGAUCGAAUAGCAACUGUAUAGUCAGGAUAUCUUUUUGGGUAGACUGGGUUGGAAGUAGUUGGAUCAAAGGACUGAUAAAUUCCAGUUGCAAAAGUGGUCAGGAAGAUACUGUAAGUAAGCUUAAACCCUUUAUCCAAAAGUUUGUUCAAAAAUGCACAGAGCCUAGUCAAGUCACUGCUCUAGAAACAACAUCCUUACCCGAAAAGAUUGAAGAGACUGUAGAAGAAAUAAGAGUAUUUGAAGACCAAAUAAAUCUUUUAAUGAAAGAAAUGACAGUUAUGAAGCAAAAAUUAGAAACACAAAGGAUUUUUAUAAUAGUGAUUUUGUUUUUAUUGGUAGUUGAUAUACUUAUCAAUCUUAGAUAA